GAGUGACCACUUCUCACCUGCACAAACACCCUUCUUGGCCGUUCCCUCGCGAUGCGCGCUUCAUAGCAUGCCCGUGGUGUCCCGACAUGGCCAGCCGAGGACGCAGCACAUCGCCGCGGAAGAGCGCCAGGAUGUCGCAGCAGCACCACCACGACGAUGAGGAAUCGAUAUUGAACAGUCGCCAACUCGAAGCGUUCGGGCGCACUGUCCACGCCACCGCCUCGCAGCUCAUCACCGGCAUUCAUGGCCACUCGUCCAGCGACGCUCCCGGCCAAGAUCACUACCGCAAUGCCCUGUCUUCAGUCCGCCGCUUCUCCCAACGACCUGCGAUUCAGCGCUCCGUCUUCUCCUUCGCAAAAGCCAAUCCUCGCGAGCUCAUUCGAUCGAACUUCAACACCAGCGAGAUUGAACAUCGCGCGUUGACAUAUCUGCCUGACGAACUAAUCCGGAAUGUCCCCGCAAGUAGUAGCCCGUUCAGCUUAUUUGAAGGAUUCAAGGCGAGCCUGCCGGACGAGGAUGACGUUGGGAGACCUGGGAGAAGAAAGAAACACAGCCGACAUGGCAGUAUUGGGCAGAAACUGCUGCUGGAAGACGCAGAACAAGAAACGAUCGCUGGACCUCCCAAAUUGCAAAAGUUGAAGAGAGACAAAGAUCGGUUAGAGCAUCGACUAGAGAUGAUGGGCAUUCGAAAGACCAUGUGUACGAGCGAAAUUCGAGAAAUUGACAACAAAAUCGCAAACUUGAAUACUAUGCGAAAAGUGAUAUUGGGACGAUUGGCCGGCCUGGAAGAUGAAGAGAGGGAGCUGGAGCAGGAAGUGCUAGAAACGGCAGAGAAGCUUGAGACUCUGGAAGAAGAGCUUGCGGAUGAAGCUGUAUUGGCACAAAAGACGUCUGAUUUGGCGAAUAUGGGAACUAAAAAGGAAGAAGGCGAUGAUGAGAAGAGCCAAGACAGCCCAGGCUUCAUGUCGGAAAGCAUAUACGAGAAAUUGCCUAAAGUGAAAGAGAGUCCAACAAAACCCAAGAGGAAAAAGGCCAUCUCGAGAAGAAUAUCGAUGCCAGUAUUGCACGAGCACAUGGAGCCUGGGUCAAGAAUACGAGAGAUUCCUGCGCACAACGACAUUAUUACAGCACUUGACUUCGAUGCGCCGUUCGGGACCAUGGUCACAGCCGCACUUGACGACACAGUGCGAGUGUGGGACCUGAAUGCAGGAAGAUGCAUGGGCAUGCUGGAAGGACAUUUGUCGAGCGUGCGUUGUUUGCAAGUUGAGGAGAACAUCGUUGCGACUGGUUCAAUGGACGCGAGCAUACGACUUUGGGAUCUUAGCCAAGCAGACUAUACUCCCGCCGUCAGUUCGAGCAUCCACUCAAAGCCCAUUCCGGAAGAUAUCGAAGGCGAGGAAGGUGCAUCUGCCACAGGUGAAGAACUAUACACGCCUGCAGGCUCGGACUUUGGAUCAGCGCCGCAGCCGGAAGUGCAUGGCAACGCAAUGCGAGACUGCCACAUGUUCACGCUCUCGUCCCAUGUCGCCGAGGUGACGGCGUUGAACUUCCAUGGCUCACGCCUUGUUUCUGGCUCUGCUGACAAGACUUUGCGACAAUGGGAUCUCGAAAAAGGACGAUGUGUGCAAACAUUAGACGUACUCUGGGCUGCCGCGCAAGCAGCGACCCUUCACUCUGUCCCUAGUGGCGCGGCAUUGAACGGUGCUGCGACUGAGGGCAGUUGGUGGAAACCGACUGGCGGGCGACUCCAGGGCGCCGAGGCAGAUUUCAUUGGUGCUCUGCAGGUAUUUGACACGGCACUUGCUUGCGGCACGGCAGAUGGUAUGGUACGAUUGUGGGAUCUGCGAAGCGGUCAGGUCCAUCGACAACUUGUCGGUCAUACCGGUCCUGUGACAGCGCUGCAGUUUGACGAUAUGUUCUUGGUCACCGCUUCGCAGGAUCGAAGUGUGCGAAUAUGGGAUCUUCGCUCUGGCAAUAUCCACGAUGCUUUCGCGUAUGACGCGCCCAUAACAUCGAUGCAAUUCGACACACGGCACAUUGUUGCUGCUUCCGGCGAGGAUGUCGUAAAGGUGUAUGACAAGACCGAUGGCGCGCAGUGGGAUCUUGGCGCGGGCACGCUGAAGGACCAGGAGGAGGAGGACUCACGACCAGGAGUGGUAGAACGUGUCCGAAUCCGAGACGGAUAUCUGAUCGAAGGACGAAGAGACGGCGUGGUCGGCGUGUGGAGUUGUUGAUCGAGCACUGGAGCGGCGGACGUUGUGACGAAAUACGGCGUGUGUCGUUGAGACGAACCAGGAGCCGCGAGGGAGCAAUGCGCCGCAGAGAGCAGUAGCGCUCAUCGGGAGCAAAUGACGGCCAGCAGGAACGGCCGCUUAAGAGAGGAGACAGUGUACAAAUGAGCACCAGAGCUAAGCGAAAACCUGUGUACAUAUUCCGUUCCUGUGACAAUACGAGCAGCGUUUCGAUUCCCCUCAGCCGCAUGUGUUGCGUGCAAAGUACCUUAUCCUUGCA